AUGAGUAAAUUUAAGGAACUCAUUGAAUGCACCGUAGUCGAUGAAGUGUCGAAGACGGAGGGUAUUGUCACUUAUGAGCAAUAUGUUGGCGAUAAUGGUUUCGUGAUAAAGCAAGGUGAUUGUGUCUUUGUUCCUUCAACUGGUAACUCCUCCGAUCGGCAAAUCCUCCGGAUCGAUAAAAUAUGGAGGAACGUUAACGAGGAAGGCGUGUCAAUGACUGGUUCGAUAUUCGUGUUCCCUGCCGAAGUAGAGCACUUACCUACUCGCGUCUUCUACCCUCGGGAGGUGUUUUUGACCAACAACGAUCGAACCACCUUUUCCAUCACAUCGGUCAAGGGAAAAUGUGUUGUAAUGCGUCCAGCUGAUUUCUGUAUCGCUCGACCCACAUCGUAUCGCGAAGGUGAUGUUUUUGUUUGUGAAUCCAAAUAUUUCGAAGAUGAAAAGGCGAUUCGAAAAUUAAAGAAAGGACUAAAGAAGCAUAAGUUCUCUUCAGAUACUGUGAGUGAUGAAUACUUCCUAUUCAGUCAGCCAAUUGUACCACACAAGGAAGCGUCACCGCUACUUGUAAAGGCGUCGCCAUCACCGCUGAUUUUAGAUCAACUGAACCAGCCGCCUUCUUUGGCUGUCGCAUGUGUAGUGGCAGCAGCCAACGGGCAUACGACUCCGGUGGCGGAUUUUGGACCGCGUCUGGCCCCUGCUCCGCCACAAUCACCCGAUGUUGGGCAGCUCGCUUUCAUGGAGGUUGGGCUGGAUCGUAGUGGUAAAAAGGUGAACCAUAGUUGCGUUAAUCUUGAACCGUCUAAAAACUUCCCUUUCCACCUGUGUUCAUUGUCUCUUGUCCCUUCUAACUCAGCUAUCAACUCAUUUAACAAUUAUUCAGUGUCACAACCCUGA